AGAUGAAUCAAACAUUCGGGUUGAUUUUGUUAACUGUGCUUGCAUGCACUGUUAUUCCGAAAGCCGAGGCACAGUAUUAUAAUCUUUAUUAUCCAUACUACUCGUAUUACCCGUACUCUUAUUACUAUUAUUACCCAUCAUAUUAUGUUCUUGGAAAACGUUCCACUGAUGGAGUCGAACACAAACAGGUGAUGAACGAGCAGGUUAAACGAAUGACACGUGGAACUUAUCAACGAUCUAACUGAACCUACGGAAUCCGAUCAAAAUUUUUGCAUACUGUAUAAGUUUAACAAUUUAAUUUUUUUUUGGUUUUUUGAAAGAAUAAAUAUAAUAUACGCUGCUUUUU